UUCAUAAUUUUUUAGACAUUUAGCUGCCUUCUAUACCCCACUUCACUUUACAACUUUUGUACCGGUGUUGUGUUAUCGUAAACUUUUAAACUUUAUUUUAUAAUAGAAUAAAAUAAUUAGAAUCAUGUCUGUAGCAGUAAAAGGUAUAUUCAUAGUGGGUGCCAAACGCACGCCGUUCGGCACCUUUGGCGGCGUGUUCAGGAACACCUCCGCUACGGAGCUGCAGACCAUAGCGGCGAUCGCUGCGCUCAAGGAGGCAGGGGUUGCGCCAGAUCAAGUCGACUCGGUCAUUGUUGGACAGGUCAUGUCGGCGUCUCAAACCGACGGAAUCUAUACUCCUCGUCACGCUGCGCUGAAGGCUGGAAUUCCUCAAGACCGACCUGCUUUGGGCGUCAAUCGAUUGUGUGGCUCAGGCUUCCAAUCCAUCGUCAACAGUGCACAGGAUAUCCUUACCGGAGCAGCACGAAUUUCCCUCGCGGGUGGUGUAGAAAACAUGUCUCAAGCUCCUUUCGCGGUUCGUGGCGUGCGAUUUGGCACAGUUCUGGGCAGCUCUUACGCGUUCGAGGACACUCUGUGGGCCGGCCUCACCGACUCGUACUGCGGACUACCCAUGGGCAUGACCGCGGAGAAGCUGGGCGCACAGUUCGGAAUUACCAGAGAUGAAGUGGACAACUUCGCGCUGAGGUCGCAACAGAGGUGGAAGAAAUCCAACGACGCCGGCGUGUUCAAGGCGGAAAUAGAACCCGUGACCCUGACAAUUAAGAGGAAAGAAGUCAAAGUUGAUACUGACGAGCACCCGCGCCCGCAAACAACUAUCGAGGGCCUGAAGAAACUGCCGCCCGUCUUCAAGAAGGAGGGCUUGGUGACCGCCGGCUCUGCUUCAGGUAUUAGUGACGGGGCGGGGGCCCUCGUCCUGGCCGGGGAGGAGGCGGCCAAGGGGUUGAAGCCGCUCGGCCGGCUGGUGGGGUGGUCGUGCGUGGGCGUCGACCCCAGCAUCAUGGGCGUGGGGCCCGUGCCCGCCAUCGAGAGCUUGUUGAAGGCCACAAAACUCACCCUCAACGAUGUGGACUUGAUUGAGAUCAACGAAGCGUUCGUAGCGCAAACCCUCUCGUGCGCCAAGGCACUGAAGGUGGACAUGGAGAAGUUGAACGCGAACGGCGGCGCCACGGCUCUUGGCCACCCUCUCGCCGCCUCGGGCUCUCGCAUCACCGCGCACCUCGUUCACGAGCUGAAACGCCGUGGACUAAAGCGCGCUAUCGGUUCAGCUUGCAUCGGCGGCGGACAGGGAAUCGCGGUUAUGGUUGAAGCUGUUUAAAACACCCACCUUAGUUUAAGCCAUCGCACGUAAUGCUGUAAAUUGGUGGUGUUGCCAGUGCAAAAGGAAAGCAAUACUUUUGGAUCUGUCAUUUUAGUGCACUUUAUUUAUUUAUUUAAACAUCUUUAUUGCAUAGUAAAGGAGAAAAAAAAACAUACUUAAAAAAAAAAUAAAAGCAAAAGGCGACCUUAUCACUAAAAGUGAUCUCUGCUAGGUAACCUUAACGAUAGUACCCAAUAAUACAUACUUACUUUAUGUGAACUAAAUUAACUUAAUGAUGCAAAACAAAUUUAUAGGCCUAAAUUUGCAGCUUUCACAUUACUGUAGACUGCCCAUUCAGUUUAAUUUGAAUGUACACUAAAAUGACAGUAACGAAAAUAUUGCUUUCUAAUUCACUCCUUCUUGUAAAGAGUUACUACUACUAAUGGAUAUGAAAAUUUAGUGCAGUUUCAAACUACACUAAAUUAACGACCUAAGCUAUUUCAAUUCUUUAUUCUUGGAACAUUUUAAAAAAUUACUACUUGUACAUUUGUUAACUUAGUUCAGUUCUAAGCAAUUAAAGAUUUAUCUGAUGUCUAAACUAAUGGUACUUAGUUAAAGGUCACUUACUAGUCUAAGCAAUAAGUAAGAUUUUUUUCGUAUUAUUAUACAGAAACCUAUAGAUAUUUUUUUCUUUUUAUGUGUAAGACUUGCUUGGAAAAGCCUGGAGGUGUCAAUGCUCCCUACUAAUACCCCUUUACACCUACUUACCUGCGCCCAUGAUGACAGGUAAGUAGUCGAAAUAUGGCAAAGUCAUUACAUAUACCGACCGAACUAUAGAGAAAUCCCCCAGCUCUGCCCGCAUUUCCAUUUACAGAAUACAGAUAUUCCGCGGAAUUAUAGAAUGUAUUUUGUAAGUUAUUACUAUUUUUAUGCAAUUUUUGCUGUCGCUAUUUAUUUUUUAAUCACACGAAUAAUUAUGAUAAUCACAAUUUUGUAACUAAAUUAUAUUUAUAUAUAAAUGGUGAGAUUUAGCAACGGACAUUAUAUGACAGAUAUUUUUACGGGAUAGACAGUGGCGUACAAUUCAUACAUGCACUGCCUAUUUUUUUUAUAACUUUGUUGAAGAGAGAUUUUUCUGUUUUGUACUAGCUGCCAGUUUCAAAUGAUGUCCGUCUAGAAACAAUACGUAUAUUUUUCUAAGCAUAAAACGUAAACAUAAGGUCGGAAACAAACUUUAAACGCAGGCUUAAUAUGAAUUACUCAACACACAUCGCGUUACAUAGAAUAGCGUCAAGUGUUAAAAGUAUGUUUCCACUCUUAUUCUAAAAAUGUUUUGAUAAUUUAUGUAUGCGAAAUAUAGUGCCUUAUAGAAUUUUAAUCUACUUAUAAUAUAUCAAAAUGAAUGUUUGUGUGGUUUUAUCAUUUACGUUCAUUGUACAGCUAAACGGCUGCAUCGAUUUUGAUGAAACCUGGCACAGAUACCUCUCAUCCUAGAACACCCACUAACUUUUCCAAGGAGAUUUAAAACAUAUCGAACUUGAUGAAAUUUUUAUCGAGACUGAAAAAUCACGCGGGAAAUACGAAAUAAUGUCAUAAGAAGUCGCGGGCAAUAGAAAUAUUAAUUUUAUUAUCUCCCUAUGAAAAACUAUAAAAUAUUUAUCUCUCGAACAAUUUAUGAAUAUAAUCUGUACGCUAAUGUUCUUAUUUACCGUAGAAUGAAUGAAUUUAUUGUAUUAAGUAUAAUAUAUUUUUUAUAAUUGAAUAAAAAAGAUGUUAAAUAAUAAUUUAUAUGUACCUUAGAUGU